GAGUGUCUUUUUCAACCUUCACUCUAGCCACUGUAGGGGCACCUUCAGCUCAGCUCAGUUCCGCGGCGCGCCAGCAGCGGUGUGAUCCACACGAUUUACUAAUACCUACUUAUAGAAACACAAUUAUUAAUAGAAACAUUAUGUCUUUUCUUACCAUUAGCAGGUUGGCCCAUAGGCUUCUUUCUUCAAAGAAUGCAGCAGGUAUUGCUUUGACUGCCAGAAAUGUUAGCGCAUCUACGAAUUUGAAAGAUGUCCUGGCAGAUCUCAUUCCCAAAGAACAGUCUAGAGUCAAGAACUUCAGGCAGCAGUAUGGCAAAACCACCAUUGGUCAAAUCACUGUGGAUAUGGUUUAUGGAGGGAUGAGGGGUAUGAAGGGCCUAGUGUAUGAGACUUCUGUGCUUGACCCAGAUGAGGGAAUUCGUUUUCGUGGCUACAGCAUUCCAGAGUGUCAGCAGCUAUUGCCAAAGGCUGUAGGUGGUGAGGAACCAUUGCCUGAAGGACUCUUCUGGCUGUUGGUCACAGGCCAGGUGCCCACUGUUGAUCAGGUGAACUGGUUGUCAAAAGAGUGGGCUAAGAGGGCAGCUCUCCCCUCCCAUGUGGUCACAAUGUUGGAUAACUUUCCAACCAACCUGCAUCCUAUGUCCCAGUUUAGUGCUGCUGUCACUGCUCUAAAUAGUGAAAGCAAUUUUGCACGAGCAUACUCUGAGGGAGUUCAUAAGAGCAAGUACUGGGAGUUUGUGUAUGAGGACUCCAUGAACCUGAUUGCCAAGCUUCCUUGUGUGGCAGCUAAGAUCUACCGCAACCUGUACCGUGAAGGCAGCAGCAUUGGAGCUAUUGACUCCAACCUGGACUGGUCUCACAAUUUCACUAACAUGUUGGGCUACAAUGAUCCCCAGUUUACUGAGCUCAUGAGACUCUAUCUCACCAUCCACAGUGACCAUGAAGGUGGCAAUGUCAGUGCCCACACCAGUCACUUGGUGGGCAGUGCCCUUUCAGACCCAUAUCUCUCCUUCAGUGCAGCCAUGAAUGGUCUGGCUGGACCCCUGCAUGGACUCGCUAACCAGGAGGUGCUUGUGUGGCUGACAGCCCUCCAGAAGGAGCUUGGUGGUGAAGUGUCAGAUGAAAAGAUGAGAGAUUACAUCUGGAAUACACUAAAAUCAGGCAGGGUGGUGCCUGGCUAUGGGCAUGCUGUUCUGAGGAAGACAGACCCACGUUACACAUGUCAGCGAGAAUUUGCCUUAAAACACCUUCCCAAUGAUGCCAUGUUCAAAAUGGUUUCUCAGCUUUACAAGAUUGUGCCCAAUGUGUUACUGGAGCAGGGCAAGGCCAAGAACCCUUGGCCCAAUGUUGAUGCUCACAGUGGAGUACUACUGCAGUAUUAUAGCAUGACUGAGAUGAACUACUACACAGUGCUGUUUGGUGUGUCUCGGGCCCUGGGUGUGCUGGCUCAGCUGAUUUGGAGCAGAGCGCUGGGCUUCCCUCUGGAGCGUCCCAAGUCCAUGAGCACGGAUGGACUUAUGACCCUAGUAGGGGCCAAGUCAGCCUAGAUAGAACAGGCCAGUAUAGAUGAGAGGAUGGGGUACAGAAGCUUUAGUUGUGAGUUUUAGUUGUGACUUUGGGCUUAAAAACAAAUUCCACCAAAAUCAAAAGGGCCAUUUAACAUUGUUGUUAAAUUGACAGUUUCCAGAUUUAGUCCAAAUUUGUGAAAACCGGUCACUGAUUUUUCUCUACAUUUUAUGUUCAAUACCAAUUCAGAUUGAAUAAUUUUUUUCCCCCUGGUAACUUAAGAUGCAUAAAACAAGGAAAGACUCUAACAACUUCAUUACUUAUAGUGAGUCGAUUGCUUUGUGUGUACAUACAUCAUUUAUUGGAAUACACAGACAGUUUUCCCAAUAAAGAGACAGUUUUUUCCUCCCCACAGCCUUUGCAGCAAAACUGUAGUAUUUUAAAAUAUUUUUCAUGCCAUACCCUUCUUUUAAUAAAAGCAAAACCCAUA